CGCACGUACCAUACAUAGUACCCGUAGAGAAGAGAAAAACCCCUGCGCGGGGAGUCUGUAGCAGGGAAAAGAGAGAGAUGGCCAUCCAGGGCGUAGGAAAAGGAGCAGCAGCUCCUUCCGCUUCUCAGCUCGCUCGCUUCCAGAGAAUCGUUCUCAGCUGGGAUUAUCUCCGACUUCUCAAAGAACACUCCCAGAAGAAGGGAGCAGCGGCUUCUUCAGGACUGAAGAGAGUGAAAGCGACGUACAAAGACGUGGCGGACUACAUGAACGUUUUUGAGCCCCUCCUCUUCGAAGAGGUCAAAGCCCACAUCGUCCAAGGAAGAGACAAUGAAGAAAACCCUGAGUGUUACAAGGGCGUUGUUGUCUCUUGCGUGGAGGACGCCAAUGGUUUUCACAUGGUUUCAAUGGGUGUUAAAUCGGAAGUCACCGAAGAGAUAUCGGAGAAUGAUCUCUUGCUACUUUCAAAUGAGAAGUUUCAGGAGGCAACACUCCCAAGUACUUAUGCCUUUGCACUGGUGGAAUAUCGUGAUGGUAGAGAGAAACUUAAACUUCGAACAUUUCUAGCUGGAGAGGUCAGGAAAAUCAUUACUGAUGAAACUGAAUCUAGUCCAAGGCUGUUGAAGAUGCUUUCUGUUUUUAAGGCAACUAAUAGCUUUUUGUGGAUUCUAAAGAUUAGCAGUUUAUCAACCAUCAUGCGUGAAUAUGCGGCUCUUCGGUCCAUUGGCUCUCUUCCUUUCAAGGAUUUGAUAUUAUCAGCCGCUGAUAAAUCAACAGAUGCUAAAUAUGAAGACCGGUCCUGGAAUAUUCCUCGCCCCCUUAUGGAGUAUCUUGAAAGUAAUCACAAUGCAUCACAACUUAAGGCGAUUCGUGCGGGUCUUUCACGCAAACCUUUUGUGUUAAUUCAGGGUCCUCCAGGAACUGGGAAAACACAGACCAUUCUUGGACUCCUUAGUGCCAUUCUGCAUGCAGCUCCAGCCAGAGUGCAAUCUAAGGGAGCACUGUCUACUAUAAGAUGUAAGCCAGAAUUACCUGUGCAGGAGAAAUACUGUCAUUGGACCAAAGCAUCUCCUUGGUUGACUGCUUCUAAUCCAAGAGAUCUAAUUAUGCCCACUGAUGGGGAUGAUGGCUUUUUCCCAACCACUGGGAAUGAAUUGAAACCUGAAGUUGUCACCUCCAAUCGCAAAUAUCGGGUACAUGUGCUAGUUUGUGCUCCAUCCAAUUCUGCGUUGGACGAGAUUGUAUUGCGGCUUAUAAAUACAGGUAUUCGUGAUGAAAAUGACCAUGUAUAUAACCCUAAAAUUGUACGAAUUGGUCUAAAGCCCCAUCAUUCUGUUCAAGCAGUUUCCAUGGAUUACCUUGUAGAUCAAAAGCUUGCUAGUGUUGACCGUUCAAUGGCUGGUACAGCGAAACAUGGAGAUACAGCUGCGCUGGACCGAGACAGAAUCCGUUCUUCAAUUCUUGAUGAAGCGGCCAUUGUUUUCUCCACUCUUAGCUUCAGUGGAUCAACGCUUUUUACUCGAAUGAAUCGUGUCUUCGAUGUUGUCAUAAUAGAUGAAGCUGCCCAAGCUGUGGAACCGGCAACUCUUGUACCACUGGCACAUGGAUGUAAACAAGUAUUUCUUGUUGGUGAUCCAGUUCAACUGCCAGCUACAGUCAUUUCUUCAACCGCUGAGAAAAUGGGAUAUGGCAUGAGUCUGUUCAAGAGAUUUCAGAAGGCUGGCUAUCCAGUACAGAUGCUCAAAACCCAAUACCGCAUGCAUCCACAGAUAAGAAGCUUCCCUUCAAGAGAAUUCUACUCGGAUUCGUUAGAUGAUGGACCUGAUCUUGAUCGCUCCACAAAACGUCCGUGGCAUGAAUACCGCUGCUUUGGGCCAUUUUGUUUCUUUGAUAUAGAUGGAGUCGAAUCCCAGCCAUCAGGAAGCGGUUCUUGGGUAAAUGUCGAUGAGGUGGACUUUGUCCUCCUCAUGUAUCAUCAAUUGGUGACGAAAUAUUCAGAGCUGAAAUCAACUUCUCGAUUAGCGGUUAUUUCCCCUUACAGACAUCAAGUGAAGCUUUUCCGGGAACGUUUUCGCGAUGCUUUUGGAGUACAGUCGGAUCAAUUAGUAGACAUCAAUACUGUCGAUGGAUUCCAGGGACGAGAAAAAGAUGUUGCGAUCUUUUCAUGUGUUCGUUCGAACGAUGGAAAAGGCAUCGGGUUUGUGGCCGACUUUCGGCGAAUGAAUGUUGGAAUAACCAGAGCGAGGUCCUCCAUCCUGGUGGUGGGUUCGGCAUCAACACUUAUGCAGGAUGAACAUUGGAGCAAUCUAGUAAAGGCUGCCAAAGAUCAAAAUUGUCUCAUCAAGGUUUCGAAACCAUACGCCUCUUUCUUCAGCCAGGGUAACUUGAAAUCGAUGCUAGUUGUAAAAGAAGAAACCAAGGUCCAGCUAAUUGAGAAGCAUCUGGAAUUACUGGAGGCUAACACAGUCAAUGAUGGCGACCCUGUUGGAGAGGGCGAUCACGAAGGGAAUGCAGACGACGAUAACAUGGAUGUUGAUGAUAUGGGUUUUGAUGAGGACUAAAUGCAGCACUGUUGAGUAGUGGUCUUGUUUGUUGUGGAUCAUAUGAUGCUGCGUGCAGCAGAAGAAUCAAACUGUGAAACUGCUUCAAACUGCAUUUGCGAAUGCGAGGUGAUUUCCGGCACUCCCACUUAUUAUUUGAACUCAGGCGGGUCUCACAAAAGAAAAAAGGAAGUUCAAUGAAUGGUUUUUAUACUUUAGUUAAUUUUGUAUCUAUAUAUUCAUCAAAAAGAAAAUAAUUACUGUGUUGCUACAAAUAGAAUAGGUGAGCAUUAUGGUGUAGGGUGAUUGGAUCCAUUGAUCUGGUGGGCCGCCAACCGAAGGUGAGCAUUGCUCAUUUGUUUGGUUUUAUCUUUUUUUUGCCAUCCACUUGCAAGUGGCAUGAUACAUGCUGUAAUGAUGCUUUUUUCUUUUUUUUUUUCCUUCUUCUUAAGGUGGACGAUACAACGAAGCUUUAUUGAUUCAAAGUGGGGUUUUAGAAGGGACUGACAAUCAAAGAUGGGCCCUUUGUUGUGGUUUAGAUCACUGAUUGGACAUUGUUUAUUGUAAUAAUAUGGAGAAGCUAUUGUUGGCCAUUGAUCAGAUGUUGCUAGUCAUAUGGUCAAAGUAACUUUUAAGAGGGACAUGCAAUCAAAGGUGUGCGUGUCCCACAUGAUGGAUGGGUAUGCUAUUGAUA